AUGGAGGUAGAGGAGAGGGCUGAGGCAGCCAAAGCAGGGCCGAGUCGUUUGACGGCCCUGCAGGAGCAGCUGAUCUGGGCCCUGCUGGAAUCUGGACUGUCCCGGGAGGUUCUGAUCCAAGCCAUGGGGGAACUGGAACGAAACAGGGCAAGUGCUGGCAACGAGAAGGGAGAAAGGGGGGAUGGAGAGAGCUCAGAGGAGGGAGAAAUGGAUUUCCCGCCACCUAUAUACCGAGAACUGGAGAAGCUCCCUCCAGAGGAGGCGUCCAAACUGAGGACUGAAGUCGAGCACCUACUGCAUGGGGAUCCCUGGCAUGUUGCAAAAAUGGUAAAAAGCUACAUGCAGCAGCAUAACCUACCUCAGCGGGAGGUGGUGGAGUCCACGGGACUCAACCAGUCUCACCUCUCCCAGCACCUCAACAAAGGCACGCCCAUGAAGAACCAAAAAAGAGCUUCUCUGUACACCUGGUAUGUCAAGAAGCAGUGCGAGAUCAGCCAGCAAUUUACCAAUGCCAAACAUGGCCUUGCAACUGUGAAGGAGCAAGGGGAGGACACCAAGAAAGGACGGAGGAACAGGUUCAAGUGGGGUCCAGCAUCCCUGCAGAUCCUCUUCCACGCCUACGAACGACAGAAGAACCCGAGCAAGGAGGAAAGAGAGGGGCUGGUGGAGGAGUGUAACAGGGCAGAAUGCCUCCAGAGGGGCGUGUCUCCCUCCCAGCUUGCUGGCCUCGGCUCUAACCUGGUCACUGAAGUCCGAGUGUACAACUGGUUCGCUAACCGUCGGAAAGAGGAGGCUUUUCGUCACAAACUGGCCCUCGACACGCCUUUCGGCAGUCAGACUGCCUCAUCCUCCAACGCCAACCUUCCACCCAGUCCCGAGCACGGUGUGAAAUACGGCCAGCACAUCCCAUGCGACACUGUGAGCUCAGCCAGAGGCAGCGGAGGGGAGAGAGUGGGGCAUCUCAUGGUGAGUCCAGUCCAACUGGAGCCAAGCCACACACUCCUCGAGACCCAUAACCCCAAGCUGGUGUCCAGCGGUGGGCCACUACCCCCAGUAAGCACUCUAACCUCCCUGCACAGUCUGUCUGCCUCACCUGCAUCCUCACAGAGCCUCAUCAUGGCCUCAGUGCCCAGCGUCAUGAGUCUGGGGGAGUCCUCCCUUCUCAUUGGUUUAGCCUCCACGCAACCUCAGACGGUGCCUGUCAUAAACAACAUGGGAGGCGGUUUCACAACCUUGCAGCCCAUCUCAUUCCAGCAGCAGCUUCACGCCUCUCCUCAGCCGCCAAUACCACAGCAGCUUCAGAGUCACAUGGCUGCCAGUCCGUUCAUGGCAACCAUGGCACAGCUGCCAUGUCACAUGUACAGCAAAUCGGAUUCGCCCCAGUACCACCCGUCCAGUUUGCUCUCACAAGCCAUGGUCAUCGCAGACAGCAGCAGCCUGACCAGCCUCACUGCUGUCAGACAGAUUCUGACCACAGACCCUGAGGAGCAGGAAGACGCACCUUUACAGGAAGACUCUCUAAACAUGCAACCACACUCACCUGCACCAGUUUCAUCCGAGAGCCUCGAGCUGUAUCCUUCCUCUCAGGCGACAGAAAGCCAUCAAUCUCACCUCCUCUCACCGUCUCCAACAGAAAUCAGCUCCUACAUCCCUGCACAAAUGGUUUCCACAGCACAGUAA